UAAGUGUGUGGAAAACCUCUCAGCAAAGCAGCAGGGAUGUGUCCGAUCAGUGAAGUGAAAAGAUAAAGAGAGGCGCUCCGGAGGCUGCUUCACGUGAGGCAGUUCACUCAUGACCUGUCGUGCAAAAGUUUGUAAAACCGCAGGAAGAGAAGGCUGUACACGGAGGAGAGCAUAUGUGGAAUGAAUAAGGAGACCAACAUACAUGCUUGAUCCAAACUAAACCCGACAGCCUGGCCUGACAACAUCCACUCGACGCCUGACACAUUAAUGAACGAAAGGGGGGAAAAAAACAGGACUUUGGACUGACUCUUCCUCUGAGACUUAGGGAUAAGCUCGACUGGCGAGCCAGCAGAACGAAGAUUCACAGAGAAGGAACCUAGACAGAGAAAGAGCUGGGGACUCAAAAUUGUUCAACACAGGAGGACAAAGACCAAAAGUAAAAUCGACAGCCUGUUGAGUGUGUGUGAUAGCAUUAGCGUGUGUGUGUGUGAUAGCAUUAGCGUGGCAGUGAUGGAAACGAAGAAGGAGGAGCUGACGUUCGCAGAGGCCAUUGAGCGGGCGGGGGGGGCCAUUCAUCGCUUCCCCCUCAUAAAGGUGCGGGGCGUCCCCCUCAUGGAGCACAUCGCCAAAAACUGGAGCUCCAUCUGGGCCUUCAGGCCCGACCCCUCAGACCUGCUCAUCUCCACCUACCCGAAAGCAGGCACGACCUGGACUCAGGAGAUUGUGGAUCUGCUGCUGAACAAUGGCGAUGCAGACGUGUCAAAGAGAGCUCCGAUACCGGUCAGGAUUCCCUUCCUGGAAAUCUUUUCUCCCCCACCAAUUCCAUCAGGUCUAGACCUCCUGCAGGACAUGGAUCCUCCCCGGGUCAUCAAAACUCACCUGCCCAUCCAGCUGGUGCCCGAGGGCUUCUGGGAUAGCAAGUGUAAGGUGAUCUAUGUGGCCCGUAACGCCAAGGAUAACCUGGUCAGCUACUACCACUUCGACCGCAUGAACCUCACACAGCCUGAGCCGGGACCAUGGGACGGAUACAUCCACAAGUUCAUGAAGGGAGACUUGGGUUGGGGCUCGUGGUACGACCAUGUGAAAGGCUACUGGAAGGAGAGAGAGAAGAGGAAUAUCCUUUACCUUUUCUACGAAGACAUGAAGGAGAAUCCUCGGCGGGAGAUCAUACGCAUCAUGGAGUACUUGGACCUGUCGCUCUCUGUUGACACUAUAGACCAUAUUGUGCAGCUGACGUCCUUCAAGGUCAUGAAGGACAACCCCAUGGCCAACUACUCGUUCAUCCCGAUGCCUGUGUUCGACCAAUCCGUGUCUCCCUUCAUGAGGAAAGGUCUGUGUUCGACCAAUCCGUGUCUCCCUUCAUGAGGAAAGGAGAAGUUGGAGACUGGGCCAACCAUUUUACUCCAGAGCAGGCCGAGAUGUUUGAUGAAGACUACGCCAGGCAGAUGGAGGAGGUGGACAUUCCCUUCAGGUCAAACAUCUGAGGGGUCUUCUCAACGUCUCUCUCCCUCCAAUCCUUUGGAGGUGGACAUUCCCUUCAGGUCAAACAUCUGAAGGGUCUUCUCAACGUCUCUCUCCCUCCAAUCCUUUCUGACGACCAAACAAAAAAAAAAAAACGUAAAAAAAAAAACCCAGUAUGCCUUCAAAGCUGAGAGCCAAAGUCAAAUCAUAUUUUUGUAUGCCAAAGAGCUGGAAACUAUGCUCUGGAUUUAGUGUCUUAUAAACAGCUUAUACCUACUGAACAAUCUGACACAACAUUUAUGUAUUUUAUUACUAUGACUGAUAAUCAUCAAUAAAUUAUGACAUAUAA